AGCUGGCAGGCUGCCCCGCAGGACGCCGGGAACCGAGCGCGGAGGCUGCUGCCGCGCAGGCGCACCGUCCGGGCUGCGCUACGUGGGGCAUCUUGGCACUGCGCGGAGACCGGUCUGUCGCUGCGGGAGGGCUAGGGCGUGCGGCCCGAGCUGCAUGGCUAGGGGCCUGUAGACUUGGCGAUUUAGAAUAAACGUCUGGAGCCUCCCGCUGCCUGCUGAGGAGACAGAUGGAGCGCAAGGAUGGGAGGUGUUUCUGAGAGCCUAGGGAGUAAAAAGGUCCAGACUCCGGAUUUUGGUGCUGUAUGUUCGCCGGGUUCCUGAGAGUGGAGGACACCCGUGCAACUGUGAAGCCUUCCAUCAGUUUCCUCAUAAAAAGUGGACAAGCCCAGUCAGGACUGUGUGAGCUGAGGUACAGUUCGCCAGAAAGGAGCGCCGAAGUUAUCAUGCUUCAGAGACUCCUAAUCACCCUGCCCGUCGAGACCAGCACCUGGGUGAAGUUGCACCAUCCAAAGAAGGCCACGGAGGGGGCGCCCCUGUGGGAGGACGUGACUCAGAUGUUUGAAGGAGAAGUUCUGCUAUCUCAGGAUGCAGAUGAGACCCGGGGAGAAAGUUUUGAGGAUGAAGUGGCAUCUGGGUCCCUGACAGCAGAAUCCCAGGAACUGUUAACCUUCAAAGACAUAUCUGUGGACUUCACCCAGGAGGAGUGGGGGCAGCUGGCCCCUGCUCACCGGAAUCUGUACCGGGAGGUGAUGCUGGAGAACUAUGGGAACCUGGUCUCAGUGGCAGGGUAUCAGCUUUCCAAACCUGGUGUGAUUUCCCAGUUGGAGAAGGGAGAAGAACCAUGGCUGUUGGAGAGAGAGAUUUCAGGAGGUCCAAGUCCAGACUUGGAGGAUGAAACAGAAACCAAAGAGUCAAUCUUAAAGAGUGACAUCUCAUGGGAAGAAUUACACCAUGACCUGAUGAUGGAAAGGUCCACAAGAGGAAGCACCUUGGUUUCCACAUUGGGAAGGGACUCCAAAUGUCAUAAGUUAGAAAACCACGAGGAGAACCAAGGAAUGGGUGCAGGGCAAAUCCCCUUGAUCCACAAGAAAACACUCACACAAGAGAGAGGCCAAGAAUCUAACAGAUGUGUGAAAAGUAUUAAUGUGUGCUCAAAAGUUAUUCCAGGACCAAUAGAUCCUCCAAGAAAAAGACACCAUAAAUAUGACAUAUCUAGAAGGAAAAGUAGAUACAAUUUAGGUUUGAUUAAUCACUCAAGGAAUUAUACAAGAAUGAAAACCUUUGAAUGUAAUAUUUGUGAAAAAAUCUUCAAACAGCUCAUUCAUCUUACAGAACACAUGAGAAUUCAUACUGGAGAGAAACCUUUCAGAUGUAAAGAAUGUGGAAAAGCCUUUAGCCAAAGUUCAUCCCUUAUUCCACAUCAGAGAAUCCAUACCGGCGAGAAACCCUAUGAGUGUAAAGAAUGCGGGAAAACCUUCAGACAUCCAUCAUCUCUUACUCAACAUGUUAGAAUUCAUACUGGGGAGAAACCCUAUGAAUGUGGUGUAUGUGAGAAAGCAUUCAGCCAGAGCAUUGGGCUGAUCCAGCAUCUGAGAACUCAUGUCAGAGAGAAACCUUUUACAUGCAAAGACUGUGGAAAAACAUUUUUCCAGGUUAGACACCUUAGGCAACAUGAGAUUAUUCAUACUGGUGUGAAACCCUAUAUUUGUAAUGUAUGCAGUAAAACCUUCAGCCACAGCACAUACCUAACUCAACACCAGAGAACUCAUACUGGGGAAAGACCAUAUAAAUGUAAGGAAUGUGGGAAAGCCUUUAGCCAGAGAAUACAUCUUUCUAUCCAUCAAAGAGUCCAUACUGGAGUGAAACCUUAUAAAUGCAGUUAUUGUGGGAAAGCCUUCAGGCAUGAUUCAUCCUUUGCUAAACAUCAGAGAAUUCAUACUGGAGAAAAACCAUAUGAUUGUAAUGAAUGUGGAAAAGCCUUCAGCUGUAGUUCAUCACUCAUUCGACAUUGCAAAACACAUUUAAGAAAUACCUUCAGCAAUGAUAUGUGAAAUAUGUUCAACAUCAAAGAAUCCCCAAAUCAGAGCAAAAACCUCUAAAUCUAUGGUUUUCUGACUUUUGGAUUUCAAGAACCAAUAAUUAUUUUUUAAUGGUUUGACCCAAUGUUACAACUAUUAAUUUUGCCAUAUUAAAAAAAGAACUACCUAUUAUCUGCAUUGUUUCAGAAAAGAAAGGGCAUUUUAAUAUUUAAAAAUACAGGAAGGAUAUAUUCAUAGAGAACAGCCCUUUACAUUUGAAUUAACUUAGCUUUAUGAAAAUCUCCCAAAUUUGUCUUUAUUUUUCUCAUUUUACUGUGGGCCAGUGAAAUCAUCACAACAGGCCAGUGAUCUGUGAUUGGCUUUGAGAGUCACUGUUUUAAAUAUCCCUUUAAUGAAUCAGAAUAAAAUAUAAUCUUUACUAUACCUCUUUAUAUGGCUAGAAGAGGUAUAAAUAAAAAUGUCAGUUGUCUCAUUUCUAGAAGAAAUAAUGUUAAAGGGAUUUUUCUAGACUUGAUAGAUAAUGUGCUAUACAUGAGAUACUUAUAUUUUAUGGUUUUCUAUAGAGAGGAAUUGGCAAACUUUUUCUGUAAAGGGCCAGAUAGUAAAUAUGUUAGGUGUUGUAGGCCAUAUGGCCUCUGUCAGAACUACUCAACUCUACCAUUUUAGUGCAAAAGCAUCCAGAGGCAAUAUAUAAAUCAGGGUAUCUCAAUCUUGGUGCUGCUGAUAUUUUGGGGCCAGAUACUUUGUUAUGGGCAGCCAUCCUGUACAUCGUAGGGUGUUUAGCAGCAUCCCUGGCCACUGGAUGCCAGUAGUCCCCUCAUCCAUUGUGAUGACCAAAACUUUCCCCAGACAUUGCUAGAUGUCCCCUGGAGGGCAAGGUAGUUCCUACUUGAGAACCACUGACAAAUGAAUGGGUGUAGCUGUGUUCCAAUAAACUUUAUUUAAAAGACAAGUUUGAGUUGCAUUUAGCCCAAGGGUUGUAGUUUGCCACUCCUGCUAUAGAGUAUGUAAAAUGAUUAAUACUGACAAUGGACUGUCAUUUAAUGUCAAAUUCGUAUGUUUGUUUAUAUCUAUGCCAAAAAUCUUAUUUCCUUACCAAUUCCUUUGGUAUUUUGUUGCAAAAAAAUUUUUUUUAAAUCACAAUUAUGAUGCUAUUGUGGAAACCUAGGAAUUAUUUAUGGAGAUAUUUAUGCAGACUUUAGUUCAUAAUGAUGCUUUUUUGUUUAUCCACAAGUGCUUUGAGAUGUAUCUCUAAAAGAUAACCACCACUCUGUUAAGACUUAACUGCAAUGCCAUUAUUACACGUAAGAAAAUUAAGCCAUAAUUCCUUAAUACAUACUGAUGUUUUUUUGAAGAUAGAUAUAUUAAGAUUUGUGGCUGCCAUUUUAAUUGUUUUUGACUUUCCAUUUGCCAAAUGUACAGUAUUAGAUUCAAAAAUGUGCUUUCUGCUGAGUGGGAGGGUCUUUGAGAUAGCCCCAGAAAAACACAUCUAGAGGCCCACCAAAGAGGACCAGGGAGAAAGUGACCACGGGCCAAACUGAGGCAGGGAAGUAUGAGAGAAGACGUGGAGGAGUUGAUUCAUAGUACUUCACUGUAUUUAUAAAUACUGCAUCCUUCCAAACAUAGUUGAAGAUUGGUCAAGUUCAUCUUCUUACUCUUAAAUGGAAGAACAAACAAUUCAACUGCCUGAGCAUUGUGUGAACUAUCAAAAGUAAAGCUGUUAAUCCAGAAUAUAUACCAUUAUCUCUAGAUAUUUUCUAUUAGUAUAUUUACUUUAAAAAAAAACCAAAAAACAACUGGCUUCUAACUCUUAGGUCCUGUAUGACUUUGAUGGGCAGAGGACAGAGUGAGGAUGCUCACUGUUCCUUAUAUAUGUUUGUCCAUGUUUCUAUGGUCUUAGAUUUCCCAAGAAUUUGGGUUUCUCUGAUUGCUUCUUUUAGUGAAAGGCAUGACCAUCAAUUUUCUCUGCCUCAGUGAGUCCCUGCCUCAGUGAUCUCAUAUAAUGUCUUAUAGCUUAAAAUACUAUCUCUGUUUAAUUGCCAAAUUCACGUCCCCAGCCUACACCUGCCUUCUGAACUCCAACCUCUUCCUGCCAUUGAGCCUUUGCACUAGCUGUUCCUUCAGACAUCCUACCCUUCCCUUCUCAUCUUUGCUCAAUGUUGCCUUUUCACUAAAGCCUGUUCUGAACAUGCUACUUAAUACUGCAACCUGUCCCUUACCCCCUAACUUCAAUAUUCCCAACCCCCCCUUAAUUUUUUCUAUUCUUUCUUUGUCCAUAUCACAUAUCACCUAACAUACUAGAUAAUUUACAUAUUUACUAUGCUUAUUAUUUACUAUUGUCUCCCCUUACUAAUAUGUAAGCUCCAUGAGAGCAGGGAUCUGUUUUGUUUGCCAGUGUAUCAUAAGUGCCUAGAAUAGUGCCUGGCACACAGUAGGGACUCAAGAAAUAUUUGUUGAAUUGCUUUGAUUUGAACUGAAUUGAAUUACGUAUCUGUGAUGACAGUAGAGAAAGGCGGUCCCUAUACUGUCUCACCUAGAUUUUAUAGGUGAGGAAACCUUUCCGUUUCCUUUUUUUUCUUUGCAAAUGGAUCAGAAUUUAUAAGCCUCUAAGAAUGGUGAAUCAUAACUGACAUACUUUUAAGACAGAAGGGUAUUUUCAAGUUAAUUUGUUUAAAAUGCAGUUAAGUAGGGCUGAUUAACUACAUGACUUUAUCUUUGUUUUUGUAAAAGAGUUUACAUUACCACCUUCCUUCAUCCCAAAGGAGACUAGAGUUUAUUCUCUGGAGAAGGACAAUUUGCUCUGGAAUCAGAGACACCAGACACAGAAGAGACAGGGGUAAGAAACAGGGCUGAAAUGGAGACUGAAUGGUGGCAUGCGCAGCCCCUCUCCCGGGGGAAGCCAGGCUCCACCCCUUCAACAGCCCCCCACUCCAGUUUAACUCAUCCCUUCAUAUAUAAUUUAUUUGUAUGACUAUUGUUAGUCUUGGUAUCACUGAAAAGGUUAUUUCCUAUAUUUUGAGUUUAUGUUUUUACAUCUGAUGCAAUUGAGGAUCUAAAUGCUUCUGCUUUCCAAAUUUCUAGUCAAUUAUCCACAUACCCCUCAUUGUUUGUCACCCUCUUUCAACUGAUUGUGCCAAACACACUCUGUACAUAUACAGAGAUGACCUUAUUUAAAUGGCAUCAUUCCUAUGAAAUGGAUACUAUUAUUUUCCCCCAUUUUAUAAAUGAAGACACUGAAGAUCUGAGGGGAUAAAUGAUAUGCCCAAGGUUGCACAGCUAAGCAGUUGAAAUGCUGAAUGGGUUAAACUGCUGGGACAGGAGCUGGGCUGUGUGUGACAUUCACGUGUCUUUUAAUUUCUCUGAUGAGACAUUUUAAUGAAAAUAUAUGUAGUUGAUUUCAAAACACAGGUAAGUUUCCUCUAUUUACCUUUAUUUUUCUAAAAGUUUCUUUUCAAAAUAUGUAUGUUGAAGCCCUAACACCCAAUGUGAUUGUAUUUGGAGAAGGGCUUUUGGAAGGUAAUUAGGGUUAGAUGAGGUCAUGAGAGUGACCUUCAUGAUGGAAUUAGUGCCCUUAAAAGAAGAGACACCAGAGAACAAACUCCCUUUCCCUCUCCCGCCGUUACUAACAGUCUGUUACUAACGGACCCUUAGUCUGUUCCGGUUGCUAUGAGAAAAAUAUCAUAGACUGGGUGGCUUAUAAAUAGCACAAAUUUAUUGCUCACAAUUUUGGAGGCUGAAAGUCCAAGAUCAGGAUAGCAGCAUGGUCAGGUUCUGGUGAAAGCCCUCUUCUGGGUUGCAGACUACCGACUUCCCCCUGUGUUCUCACAUGGUGGAAGGAGCUAGGGAGCCCAGUGGGCUCUUUUUUAAGGUCACUAAUCUCAUUCAUGAGGGUUCCACCCCCCUGACCUAAGUGCCUCCCAAUGCCCCACCUCUUAACUACUGUCAAUUGGGUAUUUUGGAUUUCAAUAUAUGAAUUUGGAGGGGACACAUUCAGAUCACUGCACACCCAAAUUCAUGUUUCUGACCCCAAACAGCACUUCAGACUCUUAAUUCCAAGUGCAUAAUUGACUCUUGGAUGUGUAUUAGGCAUCUCAAAUUUAACAAGUCUGUUUCUGAACCUGCUCCGUUUCCAGUAUUUCCUGUCUCAGUAAAUGGGAGCAUCCAAUUGCCCAAUCAGAAUCAUCUUGACUCCUCAAUCCCUCAGAAAAUUCUGUUGGCUCUAUCUUCAAAAUAUAUCUUUUCUCAUCACCUCCACUGCUGCCACUUAAUUUAGUUCACUAUUUUCUUUCACAAUGGGUUAUUGCACACUUGCAUCCCCUACAGUUUAUUCUCCAGAUAGUACCCAUAUGACUUAUGUUCUCACUAUGAUUUGCCUUAAGCAAUACAGCAUUUCUUGCUGGCCCAUGCAUAUGCCCAUCCCUGCUCCCACCUCAGGGCCUUCGCCUUCUCUAAGAUGCUCUUUCUCCAGAUAUAAAUGUGGCUCAUUUCCUGACUUCUUUCAGGUCUCUGGUCAAAUAGCAUCUCAUCAGAGGGAUCUUCCUGAGUUACCCUGUAUAAAAUAGCUCCCCACUUAUAGCUGUUCUCUUUUGGGUUGAUAUAUAUUAUCACUUCUUUCCCCCUCUUUACUAGGUUUGAAGUUAGAUAUUCUACUUCUGUUCUUUUAGUGGUUACCCUGAAUGUUACAACAUGCUUUUUUUUUAAUUUUUAAACUAAGUUUUAUUGGAGCAUAGUUGCGUUACAAUGUUGUGUUAGCUUCUACUGCACAGCAAAAUGAAUCAGCCAUUCAUAUACAUAUAUCCCCUCACUUUUGGAUUUCCCUCCCAUUUAGGACACCACAGUGCAUUAAGUAGAGUUCCCUGUGCUAUACAGUAGGUUCCCCUCAGUUGUCUAUUUUAUACAUAGUGUCAAUAGUGUAUAUGUGUCAAUCCCAAUCUCCCAAUUCCUCCCACCCCACCCCUUUCCCCCUUGGUAUCCAUACAUUUGUUCUUUACGUCUGUGUGUCUAUUUCUGCUUUGCAACAUGCAUUUUUUAGAAACUUUAUUAAAUUAUGAUACUCAUACAGAAAAGUGCAUAUAUAGAGAUAAAUAAUGAGUUUUCAAAAUGUUAAACACAUCUGUGUAACCAGCUCAUAGGUUAAGAACAAAUUAUAGCCAUCCAGAAGCAGUGCUCCCUUCCAGUCACUAUCCUCUAAAAGGUAACUUCUAACACCAUAGGUUAAUUUCACCUGUUUUUGUAUUUUAUUUAAAUAAAAUUACAUGUAUUCUUUUGUAUCUGGCUUCUUUUGCUCAAUACUAUAUUUGUGAGAUUCAUCAAUAUUGUUGUGUGUAGUUCUAGUCUCUAUUUUCAUUGCUGUGUGUACUCUAUUGUAUGAUAUAGCAAUAUUUAUUUGCUCAGUCCACUGCUGAUGGGCAUUGGGUGGUUUCCAGUUUGGGAUUAAUAUAAAGAAUGUUCUAUGAACAUUCUAGUAUAUGUCUUUUGGUAAAUACAUGUAUCCAUUUCUGUUGGUUAUAUAACAAAGGAUAGGAUUGCUGGAUCAUAAUGUUCAGCUUCAGUAAAUGCUACUACCAAAUGCUUUUCUGAAAUAGUUGUACCAAUUUAUACCCUCACCAAAAAUACCUGAAAUCUCUGGUCCUUGAUUUUAAUCUGGGUUAACUUAUUAAUUUUGUCCUUUAUGUUUAGCACUUUUUAUUCCAUGUAAUAAAUCUAUGCCCAUUUCAAGGUUGUAAAAAUACUCUCCUACUUUCUUCUAAAAAAUUUUGUUUUAUCUAUCACAUUUAGAUUUGAAAUCCAUCAGGACUAAUUUUUGUUUAUGUUGUAAAGUAGAAGUCAAUAUAAAGGUCCAACUGACCCAUCACCAACUUAUUUAAAAGAUCUUCUUUUCCUCCACCGUUUUUCUAAAUCAGGUGAUGGUCUAUAUGUAGGUCUGAAUUUGGACUCUUGUUCCUUUGUCAGUUUAUCUAUUCUUGCAUCAAUACCCACCUCAUUGUCUUAAUUACUGAUACUAUAACUUUAUAAUAGGUUUUCAUAUUCAGUAAUAUAAGUCUACUGGCUAACAAUAUACAUUUUCUACUUAUCAGAAUGUAAUGUUAAUGAAUACCUCUACUCUUGUCUACAAUAGUCCUUAGAGCACUUUAACUAUAACACUUUAACUUAGAAUACUUUAACUCAAUUCACCCUCUUCCCAAUCUCUACGCAGUUGUUUUUGGAUAUUAAAUCUUUUUCUUUAAACAUCUUUAUUGGAGUAUAAUUGCUUUACAAUGGUGUGUUAGUUUCUGCUUUAUAACAAAGUGAAUCAGCUAUACAUAUACAUAUAUCCCUGUAUCUCCAAAUCUAUUUUUUUAACCUCACAAAUUAUUAAGAUUUUUACUCUACAUCAUUAAUUCUCCUUUAUAGUCACAUAUUUUUUUCUUUGUUCUUUGUUCCUUUUUACAUUUUUGUCCUUUUGUCUGGAAUCAUUUUCUUUCUGCCUAAAGUUCAGCCUUGAAAAUUUUCUUUAAUGUAGUCAGUUGGUGGCAAACUCUCUCAUUUUUUUGGUCUGAAAAUGUCUUUAUUUCUCCUUUAUUCUUGAAAGAUUUUUUUAAAAUUCUGCAUUGAAUUCUGUGUUGUCAAUUAUUUCCUCACAACACAUUGAAGAUUUCAUCCUACUGUCUUCUGGCUUCCACUAUCACAGAUGAUAAGUUAGCUGUCACAAUGCUGCUUGUGCUAGUUAUCAAAAUUUGCCACUGUAUUAAUUAGGAAUAUCUGCAUAAUAAGUAACUCCAAAAGUUAAUGGCUUAAAAAAAUAAACAUUUUUUAAUCUCA